CAAUUAUUGGUACUCGUGUGGUGGUUGUAAGAAGAUGCCAGCAGGUGGGACCCAAGGCAGUCAUAGAACCCUUCCUCCGGUUCAAGAUGACAUUCCCCAUCAUUUCUGGUCACCAGUGCAGCAGCCUAUGGAUACAUAGCAGUCUUGAACCCAGCAUCAGUCAGGACCAUGACUAUCCUCAGACUGCCAUUCCUCCAUCC